GCACUCCGCAAGACGCAAGACCACCUCACCAGCCUCCUCGUCCCCGAUCUCCUCCCACCCGCAUCCAAGGGUUUCCUUCUCGACCGUGCGGAACGAGCCAGAGAACAGGUAUGGCGGCGGCGCGGCACCUCAGAUCCGGCCUCCCCCUCCUCCGCGCCCACCUCGCAUCCUCCGAAUCCGCGGCCGUCGCUCAGGUUUCGAGGGGCUUCGCGUCGCAGGCCGCCAAGCCCACCGGGAAGGAGAUCAAGGUUCCAAAGGCUCUGUUUGGCGGCACAGGCAACUAUGCCAGUGCACUGUUCCUCACAGCAGCUAAAUCUAAUGCAUUGGACAAAGUUGAAUCUGAGAUUAAAGCUAUUGUAGAGGCUUCCAAGAAGAGCCCGUUGUUUUCUCAAUUCAUAAAGGACUUGUCAGUUCCAAAAGCGACCAGGGUGAAGGCUAUAGCCGAAAUAUUUGCUGACGCUGGGUUUUCAGAUGUUACAAAGAAUUUCUUGGCUGUCCUGGCGGACAAUGGCAGGCUGAAAUAUAUUGAACGCAUUGCGGAGAGAUUUGUUGAUUUGACUAUGGAACAUAAGGGGGAGAUGAAGGUUGUGGUCAGGACAGUUAUUUCACUCACCAAGGAGGAGGAGAAAGAACUCAAGGAAACCUUGCAGGAUAUCCUUGGGGAAAACAAAACUAUUUUGGUUGAACAGAAGAUUGACUACAGCAUCAUGGGAGGAUUAGUGAUUGAAUUCGGGCAGAAGGUGCUUGAUAUCUCAAUCAGGAACAGGGCGAAGCAAAUGGAGGCGUUCUUGAGGCAACCACUUGACUUCUAACAGCCUUUUGGAUAAAAGAAGCAUCAUCGGAAUGCAGAGGCUGUCCUGUUGAAGGUUUUCCUGUGUCUGCAAUUUUAAUCUGGCCUUUUGAAUAAAAUGUUUCCUCUAACAAGUGAAGGGCACUGUUUUUAUUGUCUCGUGGGCCACAGAUGCCUGCUGAACAAUUUAUGUUCAUUUCUUCUUUUCUUAAAGAAGCAUGCACUAAGAACAUGAAGGAUGCAUGCCAUGGAAAGUUUUUGAAAGUCAUUGAAACGUAUGAGCUCCUCAUGCAA